AUGCCGUGGCUCUGCGACGCGCCUCAGCUUCGUCGGCGCGGCCUCGCCUUUUGGCUCUUCUCGCUGGUGUUCGCCGUCGCGCUUUGUCUCCUCGCGUUUCGCGCAUUUUCCCCCGCUUCGCCGGCGUCUCGCCUGCUGGCGUCUUCCCCGUCCGUCAACCGCCGCCUGGUAUCAGAGACGAAGAAUACGAUGCAGCUCGGCGCGACAGAGAAGCUCCGCGGCUUCCUCAUCGCGUGGAACCCCGCGCGCGGCUACUUGCUCCUUCGUAGUGAGAAGAAGAGCAAAGGCCUGCACUACCAGCUCCCCGGGGGGCAUGCGGAGUUCCCCGACGACGCCAUCGCCGCCGCGCACUUCUUCGUUGAAGCAGAUCGCGCCCACGCUGCUCAGGCCGCGGCCGGGCCUGGCCCCGCCCCCUCCUCCUCCUUUUCCUCCUCACCUUCUUCCUCUUAUCCUUUCUCUUCCUCUUCUUUCGUGUCUCGGCUGGCAUCGCUCCUUUCUUCUUCCGAGGAGGCGGGGACUGCGGGCGCGCGAGGAGGCGAGAGGAAGAAGCACGUCGACGAAGAAGAAGUCGCGCGGGUGGCGGCGGCCCGCGAGCUGUUCGAGGAGACAGGCAUCGACGUGCGGGGCGAGCUGCAGCACCUCGUGCCUCUCGCGGCCGCCGGGAUCGGUCCAUACAAAGCGCGGUUUUACUUCUUCCUUCACCUGACCGAGGAGAUGCUCGCCGCGGCGACGCGCGCCGCGCAUAAUGCGGAGGACGAAGGCGACGACGAGGAGAAAAAGACAAAACACGCGAAGAAGGAACGGGCGCUUCUCCAGCCCGAGUCAGACCACAAGCAAGCGCCGCUUCUGGAAGUGCAGCUCGCGAUCGGGCUGGAUGAGCAUACAGGCUUCCGCUUCGUCCCCGCCGUGAUGGAGGCCGCGGAGCUCGUCGCCAAGCACUCGGGGGGGAAAAGCACGAAGGCCCUCCAGGCGUUUGCGGAUCUCCUCAACAAGAAAACGUCGCUCUCCCCUCUUCAGGCGGUCGCCGGGCUGGAAGGGUGA